AUGACUCGGAGCCUGAACAGACGCGGUACAGAUAAUGCAGUUAACGACAAGGUAUCUCCACAGAAUAAUCAAAUAUUACAGCCACCUGCGGAGAACACCUCAGUUGAACCUUCCCGCAAAGAGGAGACCCAUGAGACGGCUCAAAAGUAUCAAAUCUUCAUCGAAGUAGCGCCCAAUAUCGCCAUACCACUACUUAUCAACCUCUCAACAGCCACCGCAGGCAGCAUAUUUGAGCAAAUUGACAAGUGGUUCGUGGAUGGUCGCUCGAAAGACGCCUUCUUUUUCUACUUCAAUGGCAAAGUGCUGGAAUCGCAGAAGUUGCUCUCGGAGUACAAUCUUGAGCCAGGCUCUACUUUGCUCCUCGAGAAGAACGUUGAGGUUAUGCUUUGCGCCGCACGGUUUGGGACCUUUGAAUCAGAGCUCGGUAGAGAUAGUUCAAGAGUUUUGGGUGGGGAGAGGAUCGGUACCUUUGACGACUGGCCAUCCCGGGAGCCUUCGAUGAUGAAAAAGUUCCUGACAUGUUCUUUCCGAGGUUAA